AUGAGCGGGCAAUUCUAUUCGUCUGCGAUCACCCCGACCCGCGGGACGAGUCUACGACAGCGAGCGUCGGCGUCGGGGAGCACUACCCCAAGCAAGAGGCCAAGUUGGCCGGACGAGGAUUGGGGGGCGGAACUAGGCGGUCGACCGCCGCAUACGAGAGCGUCCACCGAGGGUAUUCCCCAGGACUGGAACAGUGGGCGACACCCUCUCCAGAGUGCGGACGUGGUCAUGAGCUCGGAUAGGGCUGGCACUACUCGGCCUCAUCUCGCUCGACUGAGCGACUGGAAGGAUAAGAAGGGGGAUGAUGAACCCCGCCCGCCAACUCCCCGCGAUCGGUACCUCUCCGGUAGCCAGGACGAUAUGGAGGAGAAGGAGGUUAUAGUGCACGAAGUUGCCUCUUCUGACUCGCUAGCUGGCGUAGCACUCAAGUAUGGCAUCAGCCUGGCCAAUUUACGCAAGGCUAAUCACCUAUGGGCAUCCGAUUCCAUUCACAUUCGCAAGGUGCUCUACAUCCCUCUGGACAUGCUGCCAACGCAAGCAGCAGCGCCGUACAGAGCCAUGCUACGGGAAAUGAAUCGGGAGCAGGAGUCUGAAGCAGAAUGGACGUCGACUAUCCGACGUAUUCCCGCAUCUCGUCUUUCGUUCUUUCCCCCUUCUUCACAGUCUAUGGAUACCCAACCACAACCAAUACCAGCGUACAACAAUAACAAUAACAAUAUCGGUCAUCACACUCGCUCAUCCACCGCUCCCUCUGCAUCACUAACGACGCUGUUAACCGCGCUACCCAUCGCCGCAUCGACGCGUGACACCAUCAUCGCCCGACUUUCCUUCGAUUCCUCGCGAAAUUCAUCCGUCAGCGACGACCACGAAAUGGAUAGCAUUUUCGCGCCUACGGCCGAUCCCGCCAAGACGCCCAAGGCUCAAUAUCAAGAACCCAGCGUGGCCAAAGGAAAAGGCCGGGUGUCACCGCCGCCAUCACCCACCCGUGACCGCUCUGCUCUUCGCCGCUCGACGUCCCGUCGCAGUGACCACGAGGUCGCGCAAGAGGCUGGCUAUGACUUGGCGGCGAAGGUGCACCUCACUGCGACAGAGUCGCGACCAGCCAUAAUACGGACGGCGCAAAUGGAACCAUCUCCAUCUAUGCAGCUGCCAAACUUGUCACGCUCACGCGGUCGAAUAAAGACCGACGAUGAUCAUGAACUGUGGUAG